AUGCCCACCACGCGUUGCUCUCUCCAACCACCAACAAUGGCCUCCCUAAUCAAGCCCAUCCCUAUCUCUAUCUCCUUUCUCCUCAUCUUCAUCUUUUCACCAUCAAUUAAAUCAUCCACAGCAGGAGACCCAACUCCAGCACCAUGGCCUCACCAAUUCCACGCAAUUCUCUUCAUGAAUUACAGUGGAAUCCUUCAAAAGAUAGAUCUAUGGUACGAUUGGACUAAUGGUAGAAACUUCAACAUCAUACAACACCAACUAGGUAAGCUUCUGUAUGACCUCGAAUGGAACAAUGGUACUUCUUUCUUUUACACUUUAGAUUCCAACAAGCAGUGUUCCUCCGCGCAUCUGGAGGUUGGAAUUCUUCGCCCUAAUUGGCUUGAUGGAGCUAAUUAUCUGGGCCAACGCCACGUGGAUGGCUUUCUUUGUAAUGUUUGGGAGAAAGUGGAUUUCAUUUGGUACUAUGAAGAUGUUGUCACCAAAAGGCCUGUUCAUUGGGUCUUUUACACUGGUAUGUUUGUUUCCCCAUUUGGUCAAGACAUUCACUUUACUCUGUUUUCGCAUAAGCCAGAUCAAUGUAAAGGAAUUUCAAAGUGGUGUUGCAAAUUGUAUUGGUUUUCUUAUGAAUGUAAGAUGUAUACAGGGAGGGAAGCUCAUGUCAUGACUUUUGAAGUGGGAGCUGCCCUUGAGGAUGCAAAAUGGCAAGCUCCUGUGUACUGCUUCGACAAGAAAAACAAUGACAAUGACCCGAAAGCUGGAUAUCCUACCUCUGGUACUUCACGAGAAAUUUUGUUGGAUGGAGUUCUCAGCGGUUCCAUGGUGCUUUAA